AGCAAAGAAAGUUUGUCAAUCUCUCUCGUGAGGAGACUACAAACUGUAGAAGUUUUGCCAGACGUAAAACAGAAAGGAUGAACUUGAAUUUGGAUGAUUACUUUCGGACUGUUUACGAAAAGCGACUCUCAAAUGAAGCAGUGCACGAAAGGGAUUUAACAACAGAGGCCUCGCGCCUCCUGGUGAAGCGCCAGGAGGUCAGACGCGUGGACAGAGAACUGAAAACACAGAAGGAGGAGGUUGACAAAAAACGGGAGGGAUUCAGACAGAGAAAGGAGAACAUGAUGAAAGAGGAGGAAAAACUGAAAGAAUUUGUAAUGAAUUACAACGCAUUUGUAAAGGAAAAUGAUGCCAAACGGACGCAUGCCCUAAAGAAAGCGGAGGCAGAGAGAGCUCAAAUAAUGCUGAAAGAACAUAAACUCGAGAAACUACAGAUCAAACUUGAUGCCUUGCUGGCACAAAAAGCGCUACUAGAGUCUCGUGUCAAUAAAGCCAGUAUCUACAAGCACUUCCUGGAUAGUGCUGUUAAGAUGUCUAGAAAGUUUGAGAACAUUGGUCAACUCAUAGCCCGCUGUCAAACAGUACAGUCCCUCCAUGAGCAUCUAAUGGAAAAACAUACUGCAACUGAGAAAGAAAGAAAACAUAUCGGGCUAGAACUGAGACAGUACAAAAAUGAACAUAGCUUUGUUCUCCUGGACUACAGCAACAGACUGUCUCAGCAACAGACACAACUGGACAACAUACGUGCACAGGCAUAUAAAUGGGAAGCAGUGAUGAAGCACAUCCAGGCCAAUGCAACAAAAGAGACACUUCUAUGGGGCCAGAUUAAAGUCACAAUCCUUAACCUUUAUUACAUGAUUGGCAAAGUUCCUGUGGAUGUUGAGGACACUCUGUUUCAGUUGGAAAAGAUUCAAAACUUUCUCCAGGUUCAUUCAGGUAGAAAGCCAAUAUCAGAGAUCACCCUACCUCACAUUCUGAAACCACAUGAUAGAACAAAGGUCUGAAGAUGUAUACGCACAACACACUGCCAGAUGGCCUAUGCAUCUUCACCAGCAUCUUGCUACCUUGUUGUAGGAUUGUGUGCUUUAUUGUUUUCCUCAGUGUUGUAAGUCGCUUUGGAUAAAAACCUCUGCUAAAUGUUAAAACAAUGAUCUCAAGGAAAAACAAUUAUUUGGUUGAAAGAAAAUAAUAAAUAACAUUUUAUUGUUCCAUCAAAUGCCAGUUUUAUUUUGAGGCAGAAUGGUGGGAUUUCAUGAGUCCCCUAUGAGUCCUUCAAAAAUCAAUGACAUUAAAGCAUCUCGGUAGAUGAGAUAUUACAUGAACACUGAAUUCAGAUAAACAUUUAUGUCUUCCCAUCCCUGUUUACUGUAUAGGCAGCAUUUUCCAGGUUUCGGAUAUAGAAAAUGUUUGUAACCUAAACAAAAGAAUGAAACCAGCUGUAGGGUCACUAUGAUCCCUAUAGUCCCUUUAAAAGAAAGCAUUUUUUUCUGAAAGCAUCAUGAUUCUCACAGAACAAUCAGAUAAAAUGAAAUAAUAAUUUUAAUAGUCUUGUUUAU